AUGAAUAUCGAGCAUCUUCUGAAAGAGAAAAUACAAAAGUUAAUUGAUGAUAAUCCUGAACAAGAAUCGAAACAAACUGAUGUGUUUGCAACUGCAAAUGAUGUUGAUGAUCAGUUAAAACAACGAUUGGAACAGGCGAGGACAGAUCGUUCUGGGGUAGAACGCCUCGUGGUUAUUCCUUAUAACUUGGGAAAUUCCCAUUUGACUGGAAUAUUUACCGAAUUCAAUCGAGAUAAUCAGCUUGAGCGAGCUGUAUAUGUAAAUCCAGUCAAUGGCUCUAAUGACAUUCCGAAUAAAUUACAAGAACAUUUCAAUGAAAUUUUCCCAGAUGCUCAUUUACAGUUGGCAACUUGUGAAUAUGUUGGUGAUCGAAACCUUAGCAUAUUUUUAACGAUCAAAAACUUACUGGCAUUAUUCAAAGAAUCAAUGUUUACAGCACAUCAGUCUUCAAACAUGACCAAUGAGCAAAAUCAACCAAUUAUUUGUCAGCAAAAAGAUCAAGACAUUCAUAAAUCCUUAUUUUCUGAAGGUAAUCGUUCGAAAAGUUCUGAUUCGGUAGAUGUAGCAACAUCUAACGAUACGCAUAUGUUACAACUACCAGUGAAAAUAUCAGCAUCAGAAGAAUCAUUCGAUCCAUCCAAUAGGCAGAAUAAAUAUAGGGAAUUUACCAGAGCAAUAGAUUCUCGAAAAGAAAUCAGUCAGUCUCAUAAACUUACAGUAGACGAUGAUCAUUUGAUAAGUGGCGAACUGUCUGCCAAAAAAGAGACUUCGUCAAUGUCUAAAACCUAUGAAGAGUUGAAAGAACAGUUACAGAAACGUUUUGACGACCUUGAUCUAAGUAGCGAGAACGACUUAAAUGAAAAAAUCGCGACGAAGAAACAGCGAAUAAAAGAAUUAACUGAGCAAGGAAAUCAUGACAACGCACGAAAACGAGAAAAAUCUCUAGCGAAACUAGAAGAAGUUCAAUUAUUAAUGAAUGAAAUUAAAAUAAUCAAAACUUCUUUAGUAGCUGAUGAUGUUCAAACAUUGAAAGUACGAAAAGAUGCUGCCUUCGAUGACCGUGAUGUUAAGGAUGAAAACCAUUUAAAACAGUUAAUCAUCGAAAAGAAACAAAGAAUAGAAACUUUGAAGAGUCAAGAAAAGCUUAAUAGGGUACUUUUACGCGAAAAUUCUCUAUUAGAAUUAGAAAAUCUUCAAUUGUUAGUCAACAAAAUCAAUGCUCUCUCACACACGGCAUCGGAAAUAUCACAGCAACUCGUAAAUGAAAGCGCCAGUCAUAGUUCUAAUCAGAACGAAUUUCCAAUUACAGAGGAAAAUCUACUUUAUAUGAAGAGUGAUUUCGAUUCUAUGCCACCAUGUUCAGAACGAUCCGUAAUCAAUUUGUUGUAUCAUGUUUCGCGUCAAUUCAUCGAUCAUCAUGUUCCUCAGGAUUCGAAUCUUGUUCAACCUGAUCAAAUAGAAAUAGAAAUAAGCAAAGAGUUUGCAAAUUUGACCGAUCGAGUAAAAGUAGAAGAAUUAUCAUCUUCAGAAAUUCAUAAUUCAAUGCAAGAACUAUCCAUCCAUAUAAAGCAAAAGAGUUGGAAGAAUUGUUUAAGUUUAUUACGAAAAAUUUUCAAAGAGAUUAGUCCAUUAAAUAUUCAUGACUUAUUUCGAUUGAUAGAAAAAGUUGAUGAUGCAGCAGAAGUAAUCAAAAAUAAAGAUAUCAUUUUUCUUCUCGGCGGUACUGGGUCAGGUAAAUCAACAGCUAUUCAUUUUCUUGCUGGAUCAACAAUGACUGCAACAAGAAUAGAAGGAUUAAAUCAUAUUGCUCCUACAAAUUUCCCAAAUUCAGACCUACAAUACGUAAUUAGUUCACCUUUUGCCAGAUCGGAAACUCGUUUUAUCACACCUGUAACCGUCAGAUGCGAAGAUAUGGGUGUACUUCAUCCUGGUAGUGUUAUUCUAUGUGAUACACCAGGAUUUGAAGAUACCAAUGGUCCAGAAGUCGAUAUCGCCAACGGAAUAAGUAUUGUUCGAGCUAUUCGACAAUGCAAAACUGUCAAACCUGUUGUUUUAGUUAGUUAUAGAAGUAUUGGAGAUAGAUUUGAAGGAUUAAAAAAACUCGCUCAUCUCUUAGCAGGUUUAAUUCCAGGAAUUCAAGAUCAAAUUAGAGCGUUUUCUUAUAUAUUUACCAAGUAUCCGAUAGAAGAGACAAAUACCAUUCAUGGGGCUUUAGAAGCUAUCGGAAAAACAAUGACUGAUCAAGAAAAAUCAGAUAAGAGUUUCAUGAAUUUAUUUCGCGAUAUGUUACAGAAAACCGAGAGGCACCCUCUAGUGUUGAAUCCAUUACGAGAUAAACCACGAGAUUUUCUUAAUGAACUCAUCACUUCCGCUACUAUUCAACAUCCCGACGAAGUUUUUCAGUUUUCUAUCGCCGAGAAGUCAAAAACUAUCGUUCAGCAGCAAUUAAAAAACUAUCAAUUAACUCUUAUGUCAACCAUUAAACGGUCUGAAUAUCCAUUAAUCAAAUAUUAUUUGGAUCAAAUGAAACGUUUAAAUAAGCUACUGAAAGAAGAUUACAUCGAACAGAUCUAUUCGGCUUGUAUUCAGCAGUUAAAGAAGCAUCUUUGCGAAGAAUAUCGAGAAGGUACGUUGAAGUUAAGUCGGUGCUUAAUGCACCAAAUAUUUGUAACCGAUAGUGAUAUUAAACAAUAUCAAACAUAUAUCAAUCAUGCGCAGUCGGCAGAAGAAUUAAGAAAAGAUCAUCUAGAUAAUGAAGUCGUUCAUAGUAGCGCAUUUGUUCAGCAUUUAAAUCAGCAAGUAAACCAAAUGAAUGACGAUCUAAGAGAAAAAGAAAUUGAUGAUUCAUCAGUGAAAGUAAAUUUAGAUAAAAUCCAACUUGUUACGAAACAUUUCCCCGAGAUUAAGGAAACGUAUGAAAGUGUUCUUCAAUCAUUUACUGAAAAAAUCGAUUUGAAAGUUGGUCCUUUCGAAAAUUAUCUUCAUACAAACCAAUUCGAUCAGUGUGCUACUAUUAUGCAAAAUUUAUUCGAUGCUUUGAAUAUAUUUCAUCAUCAUUUAGAUGAAGAAAAUAUCAAAAUGAAAUGCGUCAAAUUGAGAGAAGAUUUCCUCAGUUAUUUCAGUAGUUCUACCAAAGACUUAGAUUAUCUUUUUAAACAAACAAAACUUGAAAAACCUGAUAUCGAUCAAAUCAAUACUUGUCUAGUUAAUCUAGAAACAGCUUUGAACACAUUCAGUCUCGAAGUACAUAUUCGCAAACAAGAAAUCAAACAAAUUUAUGACAGUUUUCUAUCAAAAAUUUCAAAGUUUUUUAAAAAUAUUGUUCAAGAAGUAAACAACGAAUUAAAGAAGCAAAAUGCAUUAGAGAAUUUAGAAAAAAUGAUUGAACAAUUAGAUUUAAUUCGAAAUAUUUCGAGUAUCGGACUUGAAACAAGUCAAGUUUAUUACGCCACAUUAGAAAAAUUAUUUGGAUAUAUCUAUCAAUUACGACGAGAUGUCGAGGAACUUUUACGAGUUCUAUUUCAAGGCGGGGAAAAAAUUGAUUUUGAAAAACUUAUCAAAUGUCUCUCGAAUCUAAAAAGUGCUACGUGGAUAGAGAAAUAUCGCACUGGACUCUAUUCAAAUGUAAUAAAUAAUGUUGAACAAUUGAUUUUUCAGCAUGUAGAAAAAUUAAAAAAGGCUAUCAUGUCAACUAAUUUAGAUCUGGAUCAUUCUCAUGAAAUAAAACAUGUUUCGAAACAAUUGUCCGAUCUGAAUGACAUGAAACAGCUCACGAGUAUUUUUCCAACGAUAAAUGAACAUAUCGAAGGAGCUAAUACUUGGUUUCAGAAUACCACAAACCAUAUCUUUGAAAGUAUUCGGAGUACAUUUAGUUUAGAACGAUGCGAACAGGAAUAUAAAAGUUUCGAUUCAGUCAAAGCAGAAAAGGCAUUUCAGUAUUUGAAUGCUUGUAAAGAUGCAUUCAUUCCAAAUAGAAACGAUUGUCUAACUGUACUUGAUCGUUUAGAAACGUUUGUCAGAAAUUUUAGUGAUUUUAUUCAAAAAGAAAUAGAAACUUGUUUUGACAAAAUCAAAACAUCUCUCGAUACAAAUGAAAUUUUAGAUAAAAUUCGUAUAUUAUUAAGGCGCACACAAGAAAUAUUUGAUAUAGGCAAGGAUUCUCCUCGUGUUUUCUCUCAUUUUUCUAGAGGCACAAUCUUUCAAGAUUGGCAAACAGAAUUAUCUAGUUAUUGCUUAGAAUUAAGCACUGAAAUGGCCAGAUUAAGUGUGACACAAAGAACUGAAACUUUAAACACAAAAUUAACCACUGCUAAAGCCCUAAGUAAAUUAGAUAAGUUUUUAGAAAGUUCAAAAUUUAUUGAUAUUUAUAAUGAAUAUCAAAGGAUAUUUUUUUCACAAACUAAUGAUAUUGGUCAACAGGUGAUCGAUGCGAUUAAAAAUUUCGAUUAUGAACGUGUUGCCGUAAAAAUGAUGAUUUUACAGUCAUCGGAAGAGGUCGGUAAACAUUUUUAUGCCGAAACAAAACGACCAUUAAAUGCUGGUUUAGAGCAAUUAAUAGAUGAAACGGAAAAUCAAGCAAUUACGAUUGGUAGUACGAUACCACGAGAAGAUAUCAGAUUGAUUGUUGAGAAUUUAAGACGAAUGGAAAGAGCAAAACAAUUCAUAGAAAAACAUUUAGAUGCGCCUCAUAAAAUAGAUGAGUCGAUCGCAAAAGUUAAAUCAACUAUUGAAGAACGAAUCAAACGUUAUUUAGCAGGAAUAAGAGCGCUGAUAGGUAAUCAUAAUUUCAGCGAAGCAGAUGGUAAAAUCGAAUCAAUCAAAGUAGUGCGAAAUUUAUUAGGAAAAUAUUGUACACAAGAGAUUUCUAAGGAAAUAGAAAGUUUAAAUGAAUAUCAGAAUACAGUUGUAUUAAAAAAUGUAGUGACUAAAUACUCCGAAAUGGACAUUAGCGGUUACACUUUAAAUCCACCUACAGAUAUUUUCGAAAAAUUUCGACAAGUGAAUCAAACAAAUCCAAUCUAUAAUCAAGCAUUAAAUCAAAUCCGAGAAAACAUCCUUGCGAAAUUUCGAGCAGAAUUGGAUAAAGCAAAAUCGAAUCAACCACCCAAUUCAGAAAAUAUCCAUAUUAGAAAAUUUGAAUCAGCUGUAAAAUAUUUACCGGAAACAAUGAAAAAUGCUUUAGAAGUCGAAUUAAGGCAUUGUAAAGAUGAUAUUGUUCAAAUUAUUCACGAUAAUGAAACUAAAUUAGAAAAUGCGUGUAGUAGUGGAGAUGUACGAAAUAUCAAAAAUAUUCUUCUCGAAUAUGAAAAAUCGCAAGAAUUACAGUCUUUUGCGAAUAAAGUUAAAGCACUUGUUUUAAAACAAAUACAAGAAAUCGUUCAGAACAUCAAUGAGAAUUUCGAACGUCAUGAAAUUCGAGAAGCAUUUACACAUGUUAAAAAAUUAUAUAAUUAUAAAACAGAACUCGAAGAACUUAUCAUCGAUAUUAAUCGACCCUACUCCGAAGUACGAUUACGUAUUAUACAAAUAUUUGGCGAUGCUUAUCUAUCGUUCACAAAUCGUUUUUUAAGUGCACAGGUCUCUGUCGGUGAAAACGAGAGUGCUGUAGCUUUAGAAAAAAGUUUAACUUGCUUGACAGAAUUUCUGAAAUUUAAAGAUGAUCAUAUCAAUCAACUGAUUUUGACUCAUAUACUUCCUGAUGGUUUUAAUGACAGAAUUGACACAUUGAUAAAAAAAAUUAAAGAUUAUUCUAAUGAAUAUGAGGCAAAAUGCGCAGAUGCUCUAGAAAAAAUUCAUACUGAUUGUCUUUUGAAUAUUUUAACAGUUAUGUCCACUUGGAAUUCCUUACUGACAAGACUCAAGAUUUAUUAUGAGCAGUAUAUGAAUAGAGAUACAUCGGUGGAGAAUAUGAUAACAAGUUUACAACCGCUUGCUGAUCAUUCUCGGAUGUUAUCCUCAAUAUCGCGAAAAAUUAAAGAUUUAAGAAAUGAGCUUCUACGUCAAGAACUUCUUAAUGAUGAGACAAAAGAAUUUAGUACUACUCGAGAUCAAUUUUACCGAAAAUUUAAUGGAAAAUUUGUCCUAUUACAGCGUGCUAAGGUUCUUAGCCAGUUCAAUAUACCGACUGAUAUAGAUAAGAUCGGAGAAGAGUGUCUCGAAUCGUUAGAAUCGAAAAUCAGAACAAUAUUUUCAAAUUGUGAUAGACUUGUUAAUAGAAUUUCACAAGGCAAUCUACUGACAAGAGGAGAAUACGAUUCUUUUAAUCUCUACUAUUGUAAUUUAUUAUCCAUUCGACAAGAAAUCAAAGUUACACAUCUCGAUGCUCAAUUCAGUAUUGAAAACAUUGAAGAUAUUUUUUUUAAUACAAUUCAAAUCUGGGAAGCUUCCAUUCAAAAUGAUCCAAGAUUGCAAAAUGUUGUUAGUAACUUAAUAAAUAUCAAACGUAUUGCAAAUAAUAUCGCGUUGUUUCGAGUCAAACUGAAUGAGCGCAUCAAUGACAUACUGAAGAUUUAUAAAAGUCGACAUGGUGUGACAGAGUUCGCUAAAUUAGGCACAAUUUUAAAUCAAGAUCGAGAUGGUCUUGGUCAAAGUAUUGUUUCAGAACAUAAGUUAUUUCAAGGUUUUUCAUUAGCUUUAUUCAAUGAGAAAGCGAAACGACACAAUAUUGACUAUGUUCUCGAUAACUUAAAAGGCACUGCUAUUGAUAAGAGUAGAUUACGUAAACGGUAUGAUGAAUUUCAUAGUAUCUAUCAGAAAAUCAUCAAAGAAAAUCUUCAUCCCGAUAUGAAACUUGAUCAAUUAAUUUCAGACACUAAGUUAAUCCUAGGAAAUAUUAGACAGAAUUCAGACACCAUUACUUGGGAUGCACAUGUACGCGGGCAAGUUCCAAAACUUGUCGCACAUAUUUUUGCUUUUUGGACACUUUUGAAAGCUGAUCAUUAUUUCGAAGCUGAAGGUUUAAAUGAUAGAAACAACUAUCUAAUUCAACCACAUGCAGCUCAAGUAAUAUCUAUUUUUCGUCUAUUGGGUAUCGGUGAUAAAAAUGAAGCAUUGACGAAUCAUUUAGUACAAAUAGGAACAGGUGAAGGAAAAUCGAUAGUAUUAGCAGUGACAGCGAUCAUAUUUGCACUUGUAGGUUUUGAUGUCAAUUGUGCAUGUUUUAGUGAAUAUUUAGGUCAAAGAGAUUACUUAGCGUUUUUACCUUUAUUUAAUUCAUUGGGGAUACAGCAUUAUAUACAUUAUGGUACUUUCAAUAAACUUUGUGAAGGCAUGAUUAAUGAAAAUGGUGAUAUUCGCCAAUUAGUAGAAAAGCUAAUUUCGAAUAGUAAAGAUGAGACUAGAAAUGUGCAUUCAAAAAAUACACGAUCGAAGAUUCUACUUAUUGAUGAAGUUGAUGUUUUCUUUAGUCGAGAUUUUUAUGGAAAUGUAUAUACACCAUCAGCUAGUUUGAAAGAUACGACGGUAAAGUCUCUUGUUAGUUUUAUUUGGACUCAAAGAAAAUCAGGUUUAAAUUUGAGCAAAAUACAGAGUACACCUGAAUAUAAGGCCUGUCAAGAGAAAUUUCCUAAUUGGAUCUUAUUGAUCGAUGAAGCUAUCAAAGAUAUGAUUGCUGAUGUCCAAAGUUUUGAGUCUCAUAAUUAUGUCGUUAAAAAUGAUAAGAUCGGAUACAUUGAACAAGAUAACAUUGUUUACAAUGUUAUCUAUGGAUAUAAAACUUUAUUUGCCUAUUAUCAUGAACAUGAACAAGGAAAUAUUAGUAAAGAAAGUUUAAAUGAUAAUAUCAGUAUAAGAAUCAAGUGUGGUAGUUUUUCCUACGCUGAAAUUCCACUUCAAUUUAAAUAUAUCAUGGGUGUAACAGGUACAUUAGAAACACUAAGUGAUCCAGAGAAAAAAGUCAUUAGAAAUGAUUAUAAGAUCGUUAAAGAUACAUUUGCUCCAUCUGUUUUUGGAGUAAACAAUCUUCGAUUCAUAGAAAGAGACGAUAUCAUAAUAGAGAAUAGCGAUGAUUAUUUUAAUCGAAUCAAACGAGAAAUUGAUGAUCGAAUCAUUGAAAGAAAUUCAGAAAAACGUGCUAUUUUAGUCUUUUUUGAAUCGAAAGCAAAACUAAUGCAAUUUUAUCAAUCAUCUGCAUUAGAAUCCAUUAAAGACUCCGUUGUCUAUCUGACAGAAGAUGCUUCACUGCAAGAAAAAGAAACGAUUAUUAAUCGAACGACUGUUUCUGGUCAAAUAACAUUAUUUACGAGAACAUUUGGUCGAGGUACUGACUUUAUCUGUCGUAAUCAAAUAGUUGCCACUAAUGGUGGUACACAUGUUAUUCAAACAUUUCUUUCCGAAGAAUCUUCCGAAGAAAAACAAAUCAAAGGUAGAACAGCUCGGCAAGGUGAUCAAGGAUCAUAUUGUAUGAUUUUACUUGAUCAGGAGCUGGAGAAAUUUCAUAUCGAUAAAUCACAUAUUGAAGAUAUUCUUAAAGGCAAAGGAGUUGCCACUCGUAUGGCAAGUACCAUUACUGAUACUUUGGGAAUUACCAAAACUUAUAAUACACUCUAUGAUUUUCUUCAUGAUCGACGUAAUGAUUUAUUUAAAACACAAUACGCAGAAAAUAUGAAAUACGUUGAACAAGCUAAGGAAAAACAUCUCAGUUCACAGAAAUUUCUAUCUAGUCUUUGUUCAGGAGAAAUAGAUUCAGUUCGAAAGUUUUUAAUUGAAGAAAAUCGAGGAGCAGCAGGAAGAUCGCGCUCACGAACUGUCUGUCUGAUGGAUGCAACAGGCUCGAUGAGUCAUUUAUUGCAUAAAUGUAAAAAUACCGUUGAUAUCAUGUUUGAACGUACAUCGGAAAUUUUGAAAGAUCAUGGAAUGGAUUCAAAUUCAUUUCAACUUCAAUUUGCUGUCUAUCGAAAUUAUAAUAGUUUGGAAGAUAAACUUCUUCAAAGUUCUCCUUGGGAAACUAAACCAAAUAACUUGCGUGCUUUUAUGAAUACUAUUCAUGUGGAAGGAGGAUGGGGAAAUGAAGCGAUUGAAAUUGGUUUGUGGCAUGCGAACAAAGAACAUAACAGAGAACCUAUUACGCAAGUUAUUCUCAUAGGCGAUGCGCCUCCAAAUAGCUUAAAGGAGGUUGCUACGAAGAGAAGUAACUUUGGACAGAAAUAUUGGAAAAACACUCGAUUUGCUAAAAAAACCUACUAUGAACAAGAAUUAGAGACAUUAGUAACGAAUACUAUUCCAGUACAUGCUUUUUAUGUAGAAAAACGAGCAGAAGAAAAAUUUCACGAGAUUGCUACAAGAACACAUGGGCGAUGUGAAAUGUUAGAUAUUAAUUCUAGUUUAGGAUCGGAUAUGUUAACAAAUUUAGUCACUGAAGAAAUUUUAAAUAAUAUCGGAGGAGAAUCCAAAGGAAAAGAUCUUGUUACAGCAUACAGGAAAAAAUUUGCAAAAAGCUACGCUAGUACUGCAUAA